CAUGCUGGCCAUUGUUCGGAAUCAGCUCAAGUCACAGAAAAACAGCGAAUGGCUCUCUCUUAUAGAAUGUCUGAACAAAGCACAAGACCCGAGUACAUUUUGCAGAGCGCACUGGAAGUCUUCAUCUCCCCUAACGGGUCUGGAUUACAGACACACACAAUACUGGAGGGAACAAAACAGUCUGGUGAGGAGCAGGGAAGCCAACUGCGUUGGGCAGCUCUGAUGAUACUCAUGGUGAUCAUACCCACAGUCGGUGGAAACAUCCUAGUUAUCCUGGCUAUUUCGCUGGAGAAAAAGCUGCAGUAUGCUACCAACUAUUUUCUAAUGUCCCUGGCAGUAGCCGAUUUGCUGGUUGGAUUGUUUGUGAUGCCGAUUGCUCUCCUGACAAUAAUGUUUGAGCCGAUGUGGCCCCUCCCACUUGUCCUAUGUCCAGCUUGGUUAUUUCUCGAUGUUCUCUUUUCUACUGCAUCCAUCAUGCACCUCUGUGCCAUCUCAGUGGAUCGUUACAUAGCUAUCAAAAAGCCAAUUCAGGCUAAUCAAUAUAAUUCACGAGCCACAGCUUUCAUCAAGAUCACAGUGGUGUGGUUGAUUUCAAUAGGUAUUGCUAUUCCAAUCCCUAUUAAAGGCAUUGAGGCCAACGUGAAUAACCUAAAUAUCACCUGUGCAUUGACAAAGGACCGUUUUGGAAACUUCAUGCUCUUUGGCUCACUGGCUGCCUUCUUUAUGCCUCUUUCCAUUAUGAUUGUCACCUACUUUCUUACCAUCCGUGCUUUACAAAAGAAAGCUUACUUGGUCAACAACAAGCCACCGCAACGCCUAACAUGGUUAUCUGUGUCCACAGUUCUCCAGAAGGAGGAAAUACCAUGUUCAUCACCUGAAAAGGUGGCAAUGCUGGAGGGUUCUCGCAAGGACAAAACUCUGUCCAACUCAAGUGAUGACAUACUUAUACGAAGGAUGUCCACAGCUGGAAAGAAGUCAGUGCAGACCAUUUCCAAUGAACAGAGAGCCUCAAAGGUUUUAGGGAUUGUUUUUUUCCUCUUUUUGCUUAUGUGGAGCCCCUUUUUUAUUACAAACAUAACUUUAGUUUUAUGUGAGUCUUGCAACCAGUCUACUCUCAAUAAGCUCUUGGAGAUAUUUGUGUGGAUAGGCUACAUUUCCUCAGGGGUCAAUCCUUUGGUCUACACCCUUUUCAACAAGACAUUCCGAGAUGCAUUUGGAAGAUACAUCACCUGCCAUUAUCAGGCCACAAAGUCAGGAAAACCUCACAGAAAAUGCUCCAGCAAGAUCUAUGGCCAGAAUCCAAGGACAGAGAACUCGAGAGUUUUCAUGAAACAUGGAAUGAGAAACGGGAUUAAUCCUGUCAUGUACCAGAGUCCAAUGCGACUCCGAAGUUCAACCAUCCAAUCUUCAUCAGUCAUUCUACUAGAUACACUUCUUCUCACAGAUAAUGAAGGUGACAAAACAGAAGAGCAAGUCAGUUAUGUAUAA